AAAGGAGAAAACUGAAACAGCAGAUUUACCCACUCAGACUGUCACACCUCACUUCCUUGUCUUUCUCUCUCACACACUCACGCACUCCGCAAUUCUCAGUUCUCAACUGCCGGGCCUCCAGUCUCCAUUGCCAGUUAAAAGUUUUGACUGAAAAGCAGGUGGAGAAGAGGCUGGAGUGUGCUAUACUAGUAACAGUACUGUUUAGUUACCAAGAAGAGGGCAAUGAGCACAUAGUAUUCCUAAAUAAUCAACAGUUUGACACUAUGCCCUCAAUGAAGAAGAACAAUGAAGAAGGCGUUAUAGAGGGCAUAUUCAAUAAACUGCUGAAGGGGAUUGGAGAUCCAAUGGAUUUUGAACUUCCAGAAUGGUUGAAUAGAUGGAAACCUACAGCUUACAAGUUUAUUAAGCGCAAUAUAUAUCUCACGAAGAGGAAUAAGAGGCGUCUGGAGGAUGAUGGCAUAUUUUGUUCCUGCAGCUCAUCAACUGGAUCUUCUGGUGUUUGUGAUAGGGAUUGCCUUUGUAGCAUGCUGCAGUCCAGCUGCUCCUCAGGCUGCAAAUGUGGGAAUUCAUGCUUGAAUAAGCCAUUCCAUCAACGCCCUGCAAAGAAGAUGAAAAUAGUGCAGACUGAAAAAUGUGGAUCGGGAAUUGUUGCAGAUGAAGAUAUAAAGCAAGGAGAGUUUGUAAUCGAAUAUGUUGGAGAAGUUAUAGACGAUAAAACGUGUGAAGACAGGCUUUGGAAGAUGAAACACAGUGGGGAAACAAAUUUUUACUUGUGUGAAAUCAAUAGAGAUAUGGUGAUUGAUGCUACUUACAAAGGAAACAAAUCCAGAUACAUCAAUCAUAGCUGUUGUCCUAAUACGGAAAUGCAGAAAUGGAGGAUUGACGGCGAAACAAGAAUUGGCAUAUUUGCAACACGUGAUAUCAGAAAGGGCGAGCAUUUGACCUAUGACUAUCAGUUUGUUCAAUUUGGUGCAGAUCAGAACUGCUACUGUGGUGCUGCAGGCUGUAGACAAAAGCUUGGGGUUAAACCUAACAAGCCAAAAACACCAUCUUCAGAUGCAGCACUCGAGAUAGUAGCCUGUCAGCUUGCUGUGACCUCUCCCAAAGUGAAAGCUUUUCUAUCUACAAAUGAUGUAUAUGCAAAUGGAGUUUCUUCUGCUGGAGUAAAGUGUGAUUCUGUUGUGAGAAAGUAUGCUCGGAGUUGCAUCGGAGAAGUAGUAAGAAUAAGCCACUCUCUCGAUAAGAGAUCUUUUGGAAUUGUAAAGCAGUUUGAUAAAAGCACCAGGAAACACUUGAUAAUGUUUGAAGACGGCACUCUUGAUUUCAUUGACAUGUCAAAAGUAGAGUGGGAGCUUUUGUAACCUUACAGGAUAAUUGAUAGGUAGUAGUAAUCAGAAAUCAAGCAUACAUGAUAUAGAGGAAAAUGCACGCUAACUGUUCAAGGAUAUGUUCUUAUAGAUAAGCAACAAUUUUGGACUUUUGCUUCACAGGGAUGUUGUUGUACCAUGUGUAUCUUGGCUCUGCUCAAAUUCUUGUAGUCAAUAAAAUAAUUUUACUUGUUUGAUUUUUGGCUUGAUAUCCCUAGCAUGGAUGAUAGCCGUCGCUGAUUCUUUCUGCCUCGAGAGUUGCAAGUGUAAUAUAGCUUUAGAAUGUGUCUAAACUGAUUUUGUAGCAAAUUCAUUUUGCCAUUUUUCAAUAGUGACAAUUUGUAUUUGCAUUGGUGAUAUUUACAUGUUUUCAUUAGUUG